GGGGGGGGCGGUUAGUGACGGUUGGCCGUGUGUGUGGCUGCCAUGGGCUCGCGAGGGAAGAAGACGGGCAGACGGGAGCAUGUGGUGGCCUGGCUCAGCCGCUCCGAGUGGGACCAGGUCCUCGAGUACUUGUACUGCGGGGACAAUAAGCUCAGGAGAUAUGCCCUGGAUAGGAUUUCCGCCUGGACAUGCAGGUAUGGCAAUAAUAGUCCACUUGCUGUGGAAUGUACUGCAGCCCUCGUAAGGUGUAAACUGAAAGAUGAAUUGGGUGAAGCUCCAUCUGAAGAAAUGAUCUUGUCAUAUGGACUUGCUCUUGUCAGGUUUGUCAACCUGAUUACUGAGCGGAAACAGAAACCGCUCGCUGUACCACUGAGACGUCUGGCUGAUAAGAUGAAUAUUCCAGAGUGGAUAGUGAAUCUCCGACACGAGCUGACUCACAGGAAACUCCCGACAUUGACAUGGUGCCGGAAAGGUUGCGAAUUUGUUCUGGAGUGGUUGCGGCAAGAGUACUGGAAUCAACAGCUCGUAAACAAUGUGGGGAACAAUUGGGUCUUUGACUCCCAGGAAGAGGAGGAAGUUGAUGAUGAAGCCCAGCUACGGGAGGAACUGAAACAAAGGGAGCUACAAGCUGGAACCAAAGAACUGCUGAUUUCCUACGAAAAGGAACAGUUUAAGGUCCUGGUGGAACAGAAAUCAGUUUCCAAGGCAAAGAAAAUGUGGAGCAUCCCAUCGCCUGAAGUUGAAUGGAAUUUGUCACAAAUCAAACAACUUACAUUGAAAAACAGAGAGGUGGUCAUGCUCGGACUCCUUGAUGAUGGAUUCCUUAUCCCUACAGAAGAACAGCUAAAGUCUUUAAAUAUUGAGUGCCCAGGAGAGUUUGUGGAUUUGUCACAUCCUGGAAUUCCUCGUACUUUCUGUCGCUUCUGGCAGCCUCUCCUAAAGUGCCUCCACUCUCGAAAUUUCACACCCGUGUUGCUAGAAAAGCUCUUUAGCGAGCUAAAGGAGUGCUGCGACACGACAGGACUGAGGAUUCAGUACGUCACUGGCUGGAUCACAGAGAUACUAACAGCUAAUACUAAAGCAGGGAAAAAGCUUCGAGGCCUUUCAAGACGCCAGAGGCUGAAGAGGACGGCGUGGCAGUUGUUUUUGUCUCAGUGUGCCCUGGACUGGCACAACCUGCUGGAAGGCUGUCUUGCAGCACCGUGCCAGGCUACGCCCCAUCUCCUGCAGCAGAUACUAAACGACAUGGAGCCUCCGUUGCCGGCCAGCACGCAGCAGAAACUGCUGCACCUGUGCUCCAUAUACAUACAGGAGCCCGGAUCUUUCAGCAUUUCUGACUUUCCCAUUGCCGGGAGCCAGUCGCCUGUGUAUACCGUGGAAAACCUACAAAUAAAACCCCAAGACGAGGAGUCUCCAAUCCAGUUAACUCACACAGACCACACAGAGUUCAGGAAGGGCUGUGAGCCGGUGGUGGGUCACACCUCUGGGGAGGACCUGCCGCCCAUUAACCUUGACCUGUUAGCAGAGAAAAUGGAAGUACUGGAGGGGUCAGUGUGGCAAAUCUGCACAGAUCAAAUUUCUUGGAAGGAUUACCCUCUCGGGAAAGUACCAAACCAAAGGGAGGAUCCAAACUGCUUUUUAGUGGACAAUUAUACCUUGAUGCCGAAUUUGCAUCCGCCAGCAAAUGAGGACAGCAACAUCGAAUGUCACAAGACUACAACAAGUGCCACAGGACUACCGUGUGCAGAUUCAGAAGGGUUGUUGUGGACUCAGAGUGACCUGCACAGACUGAAAGCCGGACUGAAAUUAUUCUAGAGAAACAAAAUGGUUAUUUGUAUUUUUUAAAUUUUAUUUUUGUUUCGAAGACUCUCCACUUUCCUUCCCCACAUUCUCGCUCAGCUCAGCUGCUUGUGUUGUGGGACACCUGUGUAUCACAUCGGUCUUUGCUCUUUUGAUGGGCGCCCAAUUCAGCUGAAGGUCAUGCCUUUGGCAACUGGAACCAACAGGUCCUGAUAAGAGUAAAUUGAAUAUUUGAACAGCCUAUGUACCAUCUGUUGCGAGGGUGUUAUUUUUUUUAUUCAAAAUAAUACUGUGACUUCUUUCACAAACUGGGUCACAUUUGUAUUGAACACUUCUGUAAUCCUGUAUGCAUGUAAAGAAGUAUUCGUUUUUUUUAUUGUAAAGGAAAAAUAAGUAAAAUAAAAAAUAAUAAAUAAAUAAA